AUGACGCAGCCCCUGUUCCAGCAUCGUCUCCCGUUUGGGCUGGCUCCAUUUCAGAAGCCGUCUCCCUCCACCCCCUUCUUCCCAGCCUUCCUCCUUCCUCCUCCUCCUCGCCUCACCGUCACUCUCAAACACCCCCCCCCCCCACUCCCCACGCCUCGCGCCCGCUUCCCCCCGCCGCCCCAAACUCCUUCCUCAGGACCGUGGGAUGCGGACCGACCCUUCUGCCCCACCCCACUCCCCCGCAUCCCGGGUGUAACCGGAUGGCAAAAAUCAAAGCUGGCUCCAAUUUACCCCAGUUGUCUUCCUUUGAACACUCAUAAGGCAUCUGCCCCUGAUUUUAAUCCAAAGGAGCUGCUUUUGGAACUGGCGUGUCCGGCUUUGGUGUGUGCCUGCUGAGGAAGAGGCCCACUCUUUUCUCCAGUCUUGGUAUGUGGAUUUCUCUCUCUCCAAGUAAUUCCUUAGCGUACCCUUGAAUGGCAUCUACCACACGUGACAUCGCUAUUCACUAGAAGACAUCCUCCUUGAUUUCUUGGGGGGCCCAUAAGAUGACUGAAGUUGUAGACAUGGACAAAACCUAAUUUGGAGCUACCAGCAUCCCCAAAGAUGUCAGAAAGGGCAUUCACCUGUACCCCCUUCCUGAUGAAACAUGCUGGAGCCCCACAUUUACCCGCUGUUCAUCCAGGACCAAGUGUGCAUGCAGCACCUGAAUUUUGUGAUCUCCUGCAUACUGUACCUCUCACUUCCACCCCUUUGCAAAUGAUGCACUUGAUGGCUGCAGAGGAACAGCAAAGACUUGGAACAGACAUUGAGGUCCUAUUGCUCCUGUCGGAAACUUCUGUUGACGCAGCAUGAGUUGGAUGGGACCCAGAGAAACCAAAUACAGACAAGUAAUGAUGAGUUGGCCAUACAAGCAAGGAAAAUCACAGAUAACAGGAAUGUUUCGGCUACCUUCAUCCUCAUCCGAUGAUGCUUAAGGAACUCAGCUGGCUCGAUCUUCUGUGCACCAGCAGGGACUUCUUUAAAUGGGUAAACUGUAUAGAACAUUGUUUUCAAGUUUAACGUAGUUGGAAUUAACUUUAUGAAAUAAUGGCAUAUCUAAAGACAGGUUAUAUACAUAGCACAGACAUGUACGUGUGCAUUUAUAUGUGCAAGUCUGUGUAUACAUGUGUAUAUAUACAUAAGUGCACACAUAUGUAUGGAAAUGCUGAUGUUAUUCACCUUUUUAAAUCUUUACCACUAGUAUUAACAUGAAUGUGCUGUUAAAUUUGGCAGUGCUAUGCGUUUUUGUUGGAGUUUACUUCUGUAAGAUAAAAUCAUAAAGAUAAGCUGUGAAACUCGUGCAGCUGAUGACACAAUUCUAGAAUCUCGUGAUGCUGAAUCUCAUAUUUCUAUGAGUGUGGGAUGGAUGUUCCUUGCUGAAAUAAUUAUACUGCCUAUUGCAAUAUAUGUUUCCUUGUUUUUAUGUGGGCACUGAGGUGUCCAAACUAUUAAACGUAUAUGUACAAUGAA